UCCACCUCCAUCAAGGGUCACAUGCACGCUCCCGGGAAGGGCCUGUCCCAGUCGGUGGCACCCUAUCGCCGCAGUGUCCCCACCUGGCUGAAGCUGGCUUCUGACGACCUGAAGGAGCAGAUCCACGAAGUGGCCGAGAAGGGUCUCACACCCUCCCAAAUCAGAGUGGUCCUGCGAGGCUCCCCUGGCAUCGCUCAAGUGCGCUUUGUGACAGGCAAUAAGAUCUUGAGAAUUCUGAAGACCAAGGGACUUGCACCUGACUUUCCCGAAGACCUCUACCAUUUAAUUAAGAAAGCUGUUGCCCUUAGGAAGCAUCUGGAGAGGAAAAGAAAGGAUAAGGAUGCCAAAUUUCAUCUGAUUCUGAUCGAGAGUCGUGUUCACUGGCUGCCUCUCUAUUACAAGACCAAAUGAG